GUCACGUUGUAAGAAAACGUGAUGUUUUAAAGCCGGCAAUCUACAAUAAAAAAAAACUCCUCAGUAAAACGUCGACAACGAUUGAAGAAAAACUGAUUUUAUUAUAAUACUUAACCGAUUUAUCUGAUAUACACAACAAAAGAUAUUGUAAUAGUAAUAAUCGAAAUUGAAUGUGUUGCAAAAAUCAUUGAAUCAAGCUACUAAUUACAAUUUGAUUGUGUUCGAGUACUGAAUGAGUAAAAUAUGGAUAUGACUAGAUACCUGGGAAAUCCUCAUGUACAAAACAUGUUUGCACAGUUAGGAAUGUUUGUGGGAAAUGAUUACAUACCGUCGAAUAAAUGUUAUUCCAUUCUUUUGCAAAUACACGAACAAUUGAUUUCAGAGGACCCUUGUCAGAGAAGUUUUCGUAUGACGAUUGGAUUUUCUCAACUAGUUCAAAAAGAUCUUAUACCUCUUUUAAUUAACGUUGAAAAUGAAAAAAUAUUGGAACUUUUAGUUAAAAUUCUUUCAAACAUUAUGAUGCCUAUUGAAUGUUUGAUUCCGACUAAUCAUUUGAUUAAAAAUGAAGCAGAUCGUGCAACCAUUAUUAAGCUUAGUUGGCUCUUGACAUCUGGGAAAACAGCUUUUGUAGAUAAAAAAGUUAUAAAACGAAUAAUACAACUUAUAAGAGACAACAGUGUUAAGAUUUACAAUAGCCAAGUAUAUUCAAGUUAUUUUGAGGUUAUAGAUGAUUGCUUACGAUUGUUAAAAAACGUACUUCACGUGCCUAACAAUCAGUCACAAAAUCAAAUAUUAUGGAUGCUUUUUUCUGAAAAAUUUGAUGAGAUACUCAUUAAUCUAAUUGCAAAUAUAAAUCGUGGACAAUGGGCUAUGUUAAUUAUUGAAUUAUUAGCAUUAAUUUAUAAAAAUCAACAUGUUGAUCAAAUGGCUCAACAGUUAAGCAAGUGGAAUGAAACAAUGAUCAGUGAUAGCUCUGAAGAUAACGAAAGUAACACGUCAUCGUCGCCACCCAAUAAUGGAGCAAAUUCAAUUCAAAUUAAUACAUCAACUGAAUCUUCUACGUCAGAUGAUUACGAUAGUGAUCACCUAGUUAAUACUAUCAAAGAUAGUGAAGAAGCUAUGGAUACACAGUACAUUGAUAUUAAUGAUGUAAAAUCUCAGAGUGUAUUCAAAGAACCAGUUUCUGUCAGGGUUGAUUGGGAACAAUUAAAUAACCACAAAAAAAAUAAAUUAAAUCCUCAUGCAAAUGAAGAAAUUUCUUCGAUAAAACCUAGUGAAGUUGUAGUUAACCAAAAUAACAACGCUUAUAAUAAAAUAUCAGAUCCCCAACCUUUAUUUAAUAGCAAUAAAAAAUCUAAAACGCGAAUGAAAAAAGUGACCAAAAAAUCAAAAUUAAAUGUAGUUCGAGUGUCGCCUGCUAUUGGUCUUACUCCGACUGAGGAUCAAAUAUCACAUUUGCUUCAAAAGUUUACGAUACACUUUUUGCGCAACGGUUUCAAUACUCUAAUUAUUGAAGUUUACAACCAAUUAAAUUCGAAUGCACACCACCAUAUCGACACUUCUCUAUAUUUUUGGCUUCUCACUUAUUUUUGUAGAUUUUGUAAAAUAGUAGAAAUCGAUUUGAAAAUAGUUAGAAAAAUCGUUUCAUUUCAGUUGAUUUCAUUCAUGGCUCAUGAAGGGCUCAAAGUAUUAGAACAUCUGAUGGUAGCUAAACGGCAAAAAGCUCAUGAUAUUCAUUUGCCUGUCCGACACUUACAUCUGGUAGUAAUGGCUAUUAAAGAAGUAAUCAAAACAAUUGAGUAUUAUAGACAAUCCGUUGUCGGAUUGUCUUCUAUUUAUGAAGAUUUCAUUAAUAAUUUGAAAAUAGAUCUCAAAAAUUCCGGUUUUAAUUCGCCAGAUUCUAUCUCCUGGGCACAAGAUUUUAAAUCAUUAUUUGCUCUACUCAUCCGGCAUUAUGAUAAAGAUAUACAGACAAUUGAGUAUUUGCAGGACUUGAUAACCACAAACCAUAUGGUGCUAAUAUUUUUUGAUAACAUCAAACAUUUUUGCAACCUCAAAGAAAGCAUACGAGCACAUGUUAAAAAGUUUGCGGCUCCUGACAUAAUGCUUAAUUAUGGAUUGGUUUUAAAAAACUUUAUUACUAAUGAUGAGUUUGUUAAUGAAGCUAUUUUAACUAUGAUGCACCACAUCGUAGGAGAAGUUGAAAACACUACGGUUCUCUACCAACCACUUAUUCUAAAGUCAUUUUUACAGAUAAUGGAAAAAAAAGAUGAAUUAUAUGAAAGGUGGUCGGAUCUAAUAGAAUAUGCCAUUCAUAAAUUUUUGAGUCUAUCUCAGUCACAUGAUCCAUUAUUAACAUUAAAUAAAUCGUUAAAUUCACGGGAACGUAGUGAAAUUUUUAAUUGGACUAAACAAGAACAAAAUGCUUUAUUGGUAUACUACUUAGAAUGUACCACACACGAUGACCCAAUUGGAAAAGUAGUAAAGAUGUAUGCUGAUAGUGGUAGUAUACGGAAAACAAAAUCUAGUGUUUUGGAACAGUUAUUACAGCAGGACAUCAUAAAUGAAGAGCAAUAUAAUAAGUAUAAACAGGAAAUUCAAGAGAUUAUUAUAAAUUGGCUAUUAAGAAGGUACGGUCAGCUCAAAAAUUAUCUGGCCAGCAAGAGUGUGAAUUGAUUGACUCCAGUUUUUAUUAAAAAUUAGACUAGAGCAAAUACUCAAGUUGCCUCCCAAAUGACGCACCUAUAAUUAAUGAUGAUAUCAGACAUUAUAUAAUGGCUAUCAUGAAAUUGUAAAUAUGUAGAAUACAAAUGAUGUAAACUAAAAAAAUUGUCCUUAAUUAAAAUACUUCGGUAAAAAGUAAAAUAAAGUAGUUUCUUAUUUAUGAAAUUCUUUUAUAAAUUUAGAGUUAAAUUAACUAGCCCGCUCAGUUGGAAAUGUCAAUACACCGCGCGCGUGUCUUUUAAUUGCUAACAAUUUUUACUAAGUGAAAAAGAAUUUAUUUAAUCAAAAACUCGGGAAAGGAAUAUCAAAUAAUACUAUAUAAAUACAUAAUAUUUGUUCAAAGAACUUCUUUUUUAAAAUAAUAUUUAUUAACACAUAAAUUAAAGCAGAAAUAAUGUGCUAUGUAACUUUUUUUUUUAUCGUAAUUUAUUUUAUUUUUUACAGAAUAUUAUUGUACUGGAAAAUCUUGAUAUAUGUUUGAAAUUAAAAAUUUAGUUUAAAAAAACUAAAAAAACACAUUUUUAUAGAACAGGCGUGACCAACGUGCGGUCCGCGACACUGUUCUAUGCGGCCCAUAGUUUAAUAUAGAAUUUGAAUAAAACAGAAAAAUUUGAUAAAUGCUUUAUUUUAAAUAUGUCAGAAAAAAAUUCAAAUACAAAGUUAAAAUCAGUGUGAAACUUGACGUUGUUUUUGUAGUGACAACUUCUUGAUGUCAAAUUCAAAUUUUGUAGUGGCAGCCCUUAGUAAGUAAUGAAGAUGAUCAUCUGUAAGGUGAGAUCUUUCUUUGCUUUUGAUACAUUUUAUCCUUGAAAAUGUUUGUUCACACAGAUAUGUCGAUCCAAACAUUGAAAAAACACGUUGAGCCAGUUUUUUUAAUUCAGGAAAAUUAUCAUCGUCAAGAUUUUUGUAAAAAUUUGGUAAAUUCUUUCGAUUUUCUUCGUACAAGUCCUUUUGUAAAGUAUUAGUUUUCAGUUCUAUUAUUUCCAUUUGAAAAUUUUCCUGAACUACAGCUUCAUCCAUCUGAAAAGGAUUUUCAAUCAAUCGAAACAACAUACUUUGUUCUUUAAGUUUUUUAAACCGUGUAUGAAAAUCCGUUUUUAAUUUUUCCA